GACGAACCGACCCAUUUGAUGCUCUCUUGAUUAACCAUCCUCGCCAUCACACCAUCUGUAAGGGACCUGGGCCUCACCCCUGGAUCCAAGCUCAACCCCAGGACCUUGGCAGUACGGGAUCUGCGUGCCAAGCUCUUGGCUGCCACGAUGCGAGUGCCGAGAAGUCUCCGCACUGCUAAAUUAAACGUCCACCAAGAUCUUCAUCAGGCGCUGAGAGCGAGAAUGGAUGGCAAACUGGCAAACUUGCUCACAGCUGCCAGCAUUCAUUUGGAGCAUAUUUGGUGUUGUUCCUUAGAGGACGCCCGACAAAGCCGGAAAGCGGAACGAUGACUCUUGUUGCUACACACUGGCGAUUCUGCCGUGUGUACACGAGAUGGCCAGGCUAUGUAUGCUCGAUACGCCAUCUCUUGAUGUUGCUAGGUCAGCUCGAUAUCCGCUCCACAUCAUGGUUCCUGGCCCUGAGCGGCAAUGUUGGGACAAGCUUUCACAAGAACGUACAAGCUCACCAAGAAAUCUGAAGUUGCAAUCCGCGGAGGUAAGCGAGGGUGGCUGCAAGGUUGGCUCGCCAGCUGCGAAUUUACCCCUUCAUCCAUGCCGCCUCACUCUAUUUUUCUUGCCAGGAAAUGGGUGUUCAUGGCGUAAGCCCUAUAAGCUGAGCCCACUCGACGUUUCACUGUGGUCCUUGAACCAUCGACUUUGUUACAUUCGUUUUUAGGGGCAGCUUCCAAACUCCUCUUUCUCCAUGGAUCGAUCGGGCAUGUCGCCAACCGAAAUCCCUAGCCGAAUUGUUGCAUCUCAGAGGCGAAGCGGAGAAUACAUAUACGAGCAAUGCUCCUCGAAGUUUGGCCCAUGAUAAACACCCUGCUCCUUCAUAUUUACAGAACUGUCUGACACACCCGACAUGUUCUUCGAGCGUUGGUUCGCCGCCGGGCUGGCUGGCAUUCUGGCUGCCUCUGGAGUAAACGCACAAGCCUGCACAUCUAAUCUUCUUAUCGACAACUUCACCAAAUGGACCAGCGGUGUCAAUAACCUUGAAUCCCCAAACGGCGAUGACGGUUCAAUGGAAUUCAUUGCGGCUGGGACAGGUCAAGUUGUCUUCACCCCCAAGGAUACCACCUCGUAUUUUUAUGAAUCAUUCGAAUGCCAACCUGCCGUUACAAACGGAUAUGGAGGAUUGCAAUUCACCGUCGAGGGCCCUGCCGGUGCUUCGUUUGCUCUAGAGCUUCAGACAACUUCGUCUUGUAGCGCCAACGACGGGACAUACAAGAGUCACUACACCAUCAUCGAGAACCUGACCGGAAGCCGCCAGACAAUUAAUGUUCCCUUGGUCGGCUUUGACAACGAACCCAACUACGAUGCUGUUGUCGGUUGGGUUUGGGCUGUAUUUUCACAGUCCAAUGUUCAAUGGUCGAUUGGCAAUAUCACAUGGAUAUGCGGGAAUGUGGCUCAGCCAACGUCCCCUGGUUCAACAAGUGUACCGACAAGAUCAACCAUCGUCCCUACCGCAACUCGAUCCACAAUAGCACCGCCAGUCACCACCAGCCAGCCCGCAACGUGCUUCAACUUGUUGAUUGAUGACUGGGCUUCUCAGUCCCGUCUUACAUUCUUGGGCUACAACGCUAUGGGGCAAGCAACGAGCGAUGAUGGAACAAUGUCAAGUGUCGUUGUCAGCAACAACAGGGUCCUCCUUUACCCCAAAGAUGCCAACUCGUACUUUUACAGUCAGUUUGGUUGUUUGAAUGCCAACAACAGAUACGGAGGCAUCUCGUUCAGGGUCAGGGCGGCACGAGGCACAAGCUUUUCAGUGGCUCUGGGAUGGUCCGAUAGUUGUGGCUCAACCAACGUCAAGACGGUUAGUUUGACAACAGCGCAGUUAAAGUGGACAUUCGAUGGCACCGAGAAGCUGUACUCCUUCCCCUUUUCAGUGUUCAGUGGCGUCGAUACGACAAAGCUGGAUAUGAUUUAUUUUUCCGGCCUCAAUGCGGGCAUCAUCCUCGGCCCCAUGUCCUUCUACUGCGGAUCGACAGCUACCGAGUACGUCGCGCCAGCAUCGUCACCAGCUCCCUCUGCCCUCACGCGCACAACAACCCAGGUGGCAACCCCAAGUGCCAAGGGUUAUGUUAUUGACACAUUCUCCAACGAAAAUACCAACUCGCUGGGCGAAUGGCACGGUCCGGAUGAGGGCAUGGCGGUCACAUUUGGCAACAACGCCAUUACAAUCCGUACCAACGACUCUGAUCAAAGCUGGAACACUCAGUUGGCCAACAAGUGCGCCGACCUCCGCAACCUGACAGGAGGCUAUCUCCAUAUCGCGUACUCGGGUAGCAACAAGUUUAGUAUCGCCCUCCAACAACACAACUCCAAGUGCAACGAGACGAUGGCCCCCUAUCCCGAGACCUGGGAUUCCGUGGAAGCCUCUCGCUACGCAACCACCUCCGACAUCUACGUCCCCAUCACCCACUUCAGCAUCAACCUCCAGCGCGUCAUUGGUUUCAACCUCCGCGGCUUCUACACUUCAGAGCCGACAACAAUUACCAAGAUCGAAAUCGUCACCUCCAUCCCGCCCAACUUCAAGAUCCCGCCCAAGCUAGCCUCGGGCAGGCUAGUGUUCGCCUGCACCCGCCCCAACUCCUUCGCCUUUGCCAUUGACGACGGAAACCCAGAGUACAUCCCCCAGGUCAUGAAGAUCCUCAAAGAAGCCAACAUCCCCCUCACCUUCUUCACCGUUGGCCUGCCCCUCCUAGAUCAGAGCAACGGCCUGGCAGCAGCGUACAAAGACAUGGCCUCUCGCGGCCACCAGAUCGCCCUGCACAGCUACACGCACCCCAAGAUGGAAGGCCUCGCCACCGAGCAAGCCAUCGACUGGGAGAUCCAAAACGACAUUGGUGCCGUCCGCCAGGUGUUUCCAAACCUACGGUCGUCCUACUUUCGCCCUCCGUUCGGAACAGAAGGUGCGAGAAUGAGACAGCGCCUGGCGGCAAACCUGAACGAUCCAGAGCCGUAUAUUGUUGGGUGGAGCAUCGACGUGGAGGACUGGCUUUGGGCUGAAUCAUCCACUCCCAACAAGCAGCUCGAUGCGUUCAAGCGCGAUCUGGCCAAGGGCGGGAACUUGAUGGUGAUGCAUUACUUGCACCAAAGCACGGUGGACUUGUUGCCCGAGUUUAUCAAACUGGCCAAAGCGAGCGGGAAGAGGUUGAUGAGGGUGGAUCAGUGCUUGGAGGACCCGAAGGCGCCGGCUCUGACUUGAUGAAAAGUUUUGGCAAGAUUGUUUUUACUGGUGAUAGGUAUGGUUGUAAAUAGUACACGCAAAAAGCUGCGGGGAAAAGCAACAAUGAUCUGAUGCUGCGACGCCCCCGCUCAAACCAGCUGGGACAAACGCUGGUCAGUUAGCAUCUACACCUGUGUGGAACGGUUGAAUCACAGUCUCAAAAGUAGGUAUCAUUGAAAACCAGGCGAUAUACAACUCCAUGCUCCCAGCCAA